AUGCGCUUCCUCCAGAAGCUGGCGGGAUACCCUCGACUCCUCGUUGCAGCAAGUCCAUCGGGUCUCGAUGUUGGUCUCCUUGUCGGUGGACUAGCUUGUUCCAUUGCUUCUGGUGUACCUUUUCCUAUUAUUGGAAUCCUAUUUGGUCAAUUGCUCGACGAUUUCAACUCAGUGACUUGCGAGGAAACAACCAGUACAAGCUCACCAGGAUCUAAUGCAAAGUAUCAAAACGACAUCAACAGCAAAAUAUGGCUGAUUUUAUACCUUGCCAUUGCGCAAUUUGUUCUGAUCUACGCUCACCUGACAUGCUGGACCAUGUUUGGCGCACGUCUAGCCCAAAGGCUGCGGGAAAGCUAUCUGAAGAAUCUCCUGCGGCAGGAGCCCUCCCACUUCGAUAAAUUGACGCCAGGUGAAGUGGCUUCUCGUUUGAGCAGUGAUAUCCAAACUAUCCGCUCGGGCACUUCCGAGAAAGUGGGAAUUGUCGUUGCGGCAAUUUCCUUCUUCGUGACAGCGUACAUUGUUGCCUUCAUCAAGUAUUGGGAGCUUGCCGCCAUUCUUCUCUCAUUGAUCCCUGCGUACCUUGUGAUGUCUUUUGUUGGAAGCCACUAUAUCGAAAAAUAUGCUGGUUUGAUGUCCGAUUACGCCGCAUCCGCUACAACGAUUGCCUCCGAGGCACUCUCCAAUAUCGUUGUGGUCCAUGCUUUCGGGGCAAAUGCUCGACUGGAGAAAAAGUUCUCAAGUGCUCUCAAAUUAGCAAAACACGAGGCUUUGAAGAAAGCAACAGCAGUCGGCGUUCAGUCUCGAGUGUUGUACUUUAUCGCUUAUGGUGCGAAUGGUCUUGCAUUUUGGCAAGGCGCGCAUCGAAUCGCCGAUGCAGUAAAUGGCGAGACCGCUGGUGUCACCGUGGGCUCGACAUUCACCGUUAUUUUCAUUCUGAUUGAAGGUAUUUCCUCAAAGCUUCCUCGUACCCUAAAGAUUGAGCUAAUGGAAUUGAAAGCAACUCUGUUGCUGAGUCAGGUUGCGCCAUUUUUACACCUCUUUGUUCAAGCCGUUGCUUCACAUUCUAAGCUAAAGGAGGACAUUGACCGCGAGCCUUUAAUUGAUGCGACUGCUUCUUGUGGUACUCGUCUGGGCAGUGCUGAGGGCGAGUUUGAGUUCAAAAACGUCUCUUUUAUCUAUCCUUCCCGGCCAGAGAUUAAGGUUCUGGACAAGAUCACGCUAUCUCUCCCCGCAAAGCAACAUACCGCCCUUGUCGGGCUUUCUGGAAGCGGGAAGUCAACCAUUGCGGCACUGUGCACCAGAUUGUACGACCCUACUGAGGGAGAAGUGACCUUUGAUGGCAUGCCCCUCCAUGAUAUCAACAUUCGUGACCUACGGGGUUUUUGCAGUCUUGUGCAGCAAGAACCCUCGCUUCUGGAUCGCUCCCUGCUGGAGAACAUUGCGCACGGCCUCAUCAAUUCAAGCAAACCCAAUCAUGAAGAGCUCAAAGAUACGCUGCUAAGCUCUUCUCUUGCAGAACUUGCUGCCGAGAUCAGGGAAGGGCAGGAGCUUUCAGUUGCAGCAGAGGCUCGUGGACCAGCUGUUGUGGAAAUUGUGGAUCUUGUCAAAAAUGCAGUCAUUCUUGCAGACGCCCAUGAAUUCAUUUCCAAACUCAACCGUGGAUAUGGAACAUCCGUGGGGUCUGCCGGUCGUCUGAUAAGCGGCGGACAAAAACAACGUAUAUCGCUGGCUCGCGCCUUAGUGAAAGAUCCCGCAGUUCUUAUACUAGACGAAGCCGCGGCUUCACUUGAUUCGUGA